GUCAGGAAGCUCAAGAAUUUGCAUGCACAAGAUUUCAGGCUGAAUAUCCCAUUUUCCAAAAGGUGCGAGUUAAUGGGCCGGAUACAGCACCAGUCUACAAAUUCCUUAAAGCAAGCAAAGGUGGUUUUUUAGGUUCCAGGAUUAAGUGGAAUUUCACCAAGUUCUUGGUUGAUAAGGACGGGAAAGUUAUCCGCCGCUAUGGCUCAACUACUCCACCAUUAUCAAUCAAGGCUGAUAUCGAAAAGGCAAUAAGCGAGAAUUGACAAGGUUGUGUCUAGUUCAGAAGUGCAGUCUAUGAAACUUACGAUAUAAAGAAGAGAGAGCGAAAGAGGCUUUCUGUCAAAUGCAAUUUUCUUAUUCUUGGUGUGCUCUUAAGUUCAUUCCUUUUGGUGAUGUUGAGGUAGUUUUCAGCCUUUGUUUGGAGGAUUCACGUGCUGCAAAUAUGAAAACGUAACUAAAUUGGUCCUGGUUACCUGAUAUUGUACAUUAUAUUAUUGUACCGUCUACACUUCCACUAUCCUUUUAUGUAAACUGAUUAUUAACUGUUAGAGAUCGUUUGGUUCACAGGCAAGUUUUGUAUGGAUUAUAAUGCAGAAUUAUAUACAGUGACAAUUAUUGUUGGAUUAUUCUAUUUUUA